AUGAUAGCCAACUGUAUACUGGAAAACAUCAUGCAGGAAUCAAGGCCUUCAACACGCAUGCUAAAGGACGAUCCUCCAGACUGCUUCCAAGCAUCUGACAUAGGACGUAAUGGCCAUACGCCAGACGUAAUGGCCAACGCCACGAAACGAACCAGUGUUAUCGAAAUUCACAAAACGGAAUUUACGGAGGAAGGAGCAACGACGUAUAAAGCAAAGCUUGCGGAACACACUAACCAAUCAAUUGACGAAGGACCCACUACACCCAAUUCCAACGAUGACCAAGGCAACACAUCCGAUUCUAUCAACAACCAAGACAAUCAAGCAGACGACGAAAGAUCAGAGAUAUUUUACGACCCCAAAAAACACAAAACCCAAGUAGAAACGCGUCUAUCUACAGAAGAUCAAUCGCGAGAUUAUAUUUGCACCUUAUGGAUAUCCGAGGAUUUUUUAGCCAGCGAUCUUAAAUCGGUUAAUUAUUCCGAACCUACAAAUAUUAUACCCCCCGAAUUUACAUUUCUGGAGAAGUUCCUAGAGAAGAGAUUGCAAAGACAGAUUGUUAAAAAGUUGAUUAAUCGAAGGUUGCUUACUCCGGAGGUUGUAAAGCCUAACACUUAUACACUUAAUUUUGACGCACUUUCUAAUUCCCAGUUGGAUUUGCUUUCGGAUGCCAUCCAUGACGAACUAUAUAAAAACGAUGUCGGUGAGAAGUAUUUGCCAUCCCAAAGCAUUCAAUUGAUACCAACUACCUCCAUGUUACCCGCAGAUUUUAUGCAUCUUCUAGAGUUGGAAAUUUUUAACGAAAACUCCGCCGAUUCUACUACGUUCACGAGUCUUGAUUUGGAGCGAAAAAAAAUAUGGGGAGACUUUGCACGCUGGGCAUGUUUUUUCAUUAGUCCUAAUUCCAGAAAGCAGUUUCGAGAUCAUUGUCGUCGCCUGUGGCUUAAAGUUAAGCAUGCAUAUAAAUACGAAGGAGCGCAAAACAAACCACUAGACGAUCGUAAUAUUCGUGGAAUUUUUCAACGAAAUCCGGCAGAUAAACUUUAUAUCGCAGAGGAGACGACAAAAAAGGUUGCGCAGGGUAUCGACCUUCAAGGUUAUCGCCAUAUCUUCAAUUCACAAUGUUUUAAGAACGCGUUCGGAGAAACUGUAGUGGAUUUCUUUAGCCUAGCUGAUCCUGAGAAGCGCAAAUUUGGCUCUCUCUUUGCCGAUUAUGAGUUGGACUGGGAUCAUAAUAGCAACGAGGAUGAGGCAUUAUUUUUGGAAGAAACUCCAAGGGAGCCAAAAUAUCUUCCCCCAAUACUUGGUUCUGGAAAUAAUGUAACGAAAUUAAAGAAUCAUAGACGAACGCAUAUAG